UCCAUCUGGCUCACUGCGGGCGAAAAAUUCUCGAGAUUUUCCAGCAGAAGAGCCAGUGGCUGUGCUAGCUUCUCGCUCCAGAAACCAGAAAUAUCGGGGAAGGCAAUCUUAUUUACCCAGCAGGAAAGUCCCUUCCCCGCCCUCCGUUAAUUAAUUAGAAAAUUUCCAGGGACGUAACCAUCGCGAGUCACAUCAUUUUUCUUGAAGACAUUCCAUUAUUGUUCUAUUGACCUUUCCCUCAUUCCUGAGUCCUUUGGAGUUGAUUAUGUCCACAGCUGCCUUAAUUACUUUGGUUAGAAGUGGUGGGAACCACGUGAGAAGGAGAGUGCUCCUAAGCUCCCGCCUACUGCAGGAAGACAAACGGCUGACGCCUACCUGCCACAGCUCCACUUCAGAGCCUAGGUGUUCUCGGUUUGACCCGGAUGGUAGUGGGCGUCCGGCCACUUGGGAUAAUUUUGGGAUCUGGGAUAACCGCAUCGAUGAGCCCAUUCUGCUGCCGCCCAGCAUUAAGUACGGCAAGCCAAUUCCCAAAAUCAGCCUGGAAAACGUAGGCUGCGCCUCGCAUAUUGGCAAACGGAAAGAGAAUGAAGACCGAUUUGACAGCGCUCAGCUAACAGACGAGGUCCUGUACUUUGCCGUGUACGACGGGCACGGCGGACCUGCAGCUGCUGAUUUCUGCCACACUCACAUGGAGAAAUGCAUCAUGGAUUUGCUUCCUAAGGAGAAGAACUUGGAAACUGUGUUGACCUUGGCUUUUCUAGAACUAGAUAAAGCCUUUGCAAGGCAUGCCCACCUGUCUGCUGAUGCGACCCUUCUGACCUCUGGGACUACUGCAACAGUAGCCCUCGUGAGAGAUGGUAUUGAACUGGUUGUAGCCAGUGUUGGGGAUAGCCGGGCUAUUUUGUGUAGAAAAGGAAAACCCAUGAAGCUGACCAUUGACCAUACUCCAGAAAGAAAAGAUGAAAAAGAAAGGAUCAAGAAAUGUGGUGGUUUUGUGGCUUGGAAUAGUUUGGGACAGCCUCACGUGAAUGGCAGACUUGCAAUGACAAGGAGUCUUGGAGAUUUGGAUCUUAAAACCAGUGGUGUGAUAGCAGAACCAGAAACAAAGAGGGUUAAGCUACAUCAUGCCGAUGACAGCUUCCUGGUCCUCACUACAGAUGGAAUUAACUUCAUGGUGAAUAGUCAAGAGAUCUGUGACUUUGUCAAUCAGUGCCAUGAUCCCAAUGAAGCAGCCCAUGCAGUGAUUGAGCAGGCAAUCCAGUAUGGUAGUGAAGAUAACAGUACUGCGGUAGUAGUGCCUUUUGGUGCCUGGGGGAAGUACAAGAACUCUGAAGUCAACUUCUCAUUCAGCAGAAGCUUUGCCUCCAGUGGACGAUGGGCCUGACUGCUUGCUGGGACUCUGAAUUUCUGUGAAACAGUUCUUCCCUGAAUUCUCGCCUUCAAGGUCUUCAACACUAGUAGGCAUUUUGACGGCUCUGCAAUGUGUUCGCCGCAAGUGUUCGUUUUUAAUAGCUCUACCGAGGAGUAAGUGUGAAAAUGGAGUUCCGUGUGACUGUAUUUUGUAUUUUGGACCACUUACUAGUAAACUUCACAAUGCAAAAGACAUUAAUUCAGAUAAUAUGACAUUGCUAAAGUAUGUGCGUGUUGACAACGAUGCACUUUCGUAUUUCAGCUGUGUCCCUUGGUCUCCAUUCUUCUUUUUUCUGUAGCUAAGAAUGCUGUACAGAUACAUAGACUACUCCUUUAUAUCAGAAAAAUAUGCACAGGCUGAGUCUUUUGGUCAAAGCUAUACAAACUUAAAUACUGACGGUAUCAAGUAUUCUGUAUGAAGGUUCCAUUGGUUAUCUCUAACUUCGUGUUCUGUGUAUUGUAUAUAGUAUGUUUAUGUCACUUUUUGUAUAGAUUCAGCAAGUUGGAUAAUGUGUCAGUAAAAAUGAUACCACACUGACUGACAAUGCUACAGACAUAGUGUGAGGUUUAUGUCUCCUUUUCGCUUAUUUCUGUGAUUCAUAACAAUAAAUCUAGAACAUUAAAGCA